GGGACCGCCCUUGCUUGCAGUGGUACCGUUGAGUCGCCGGGGAACCAGGAGCAAGAGAGGGCAGCGGGAAGGCUGCGACAGGGAGCGAGAGGCAGUGAUGGUUCGUUAUAAGGUAUAUCGCCCAAUUGCAGCCAAGGCCAAGAAAAUCCGUGAAUAUUGGGCUCUGAAAAACCGACCUCGCGACUCCCAGCGUUAUGCCGUGGAUUACGAGACAAUGAGCCGCUCCUUCACAGGCAAGCACCUCCCUGUGCUGGCCUGGGAGGAUGUGAGGAAUGAGAACCGACUCUUUAUGCUGCUGUCCCGGUUGCGCCUCUUCGGAAUUGGGAGGAUGGUCACCCGCAAAUCCUGGAUAUGGGAAUACGAUGAGCCUUGCUAUUGGGUCAUUACUAAAGUAAAGGUGGAUUAUACAGCUGAGAAAAUGGAACAUGGAAAGGCCUGGGGAUAUUUGACAUUUAGAGGCAAGACCGAAAGUGAAGUGAAGGAAAUAGACAAAGUAAUGUACCACGACUGGCGCAUGGUACCCAAGCAUGAGGAGGAGGCCUUUAAGAAAUUUACCCCUCCUGUGGAAGAGGAAAAGGUCCGGUAUGUCCUCUACCCACUGCUGCUGCGGGCCAUGAUCCUGGCCCAGAGACAGAAAGAAGGUAAACUGAGUGAAGAAGAGCCUAUGCUUGAUUUGGAGAAAAGGAUUCACAUCAUAAGGGAGUCCUCCGAAAAGCAAGCUGAAGGAACCCCAGUUUAAAGACUUUAGGACCUGGAUCUAGCUCUCUGUUUCUUAAAUUCUCUAGCUGUGAUCACACAGCCCAACUUCCUUGCACCGAGAUGUUUCUGUGAAACAUGAUCCUGUCGCUGAGACUUAGAGAUGUGGAGGGCUGGGGGAAAGAACCCAUCAGCAAUAAGUACAAUUUUAACAUAAUUUUGCUGUCAGACUCUUCCCUUGAUAGUCUGUCCCCCAAUUGUCCUGUCUUGUUUUUUAGAUUUAUUUUUAUUUCCCAUCUCCAUGUUUCUUCAUGUUGCUUUCUUAUCAGGUCAAGGAGAGCACAGGCCAUAAAUCCAUUUGUUUUAAUAAUGAGGCAAUGUAAAUUGAAGAGACUCCUAAUUAAAAUAAUAGAUCAGAGCAGAGCUCAAUCUGUGUCCUGCUAGUACAGCAUCCUCUUCCUCCCCCAAAUCCAAUCAGAGUCUUAAAAUGUGCUGUUUCGUUACUGUAUGCCAAUUAAAAAAAAUAGCCUCAGUCUGUUCUUUAAUAAGUGGCAUUGUUCUUUCAUGUCUUUUCAAAUGUAUUGGUGAAAUGAUUUCCAACUAUCUUUCGGUGUCAGUAAAGUUGAACUUUCCUGCCUCAAUUUGAGAGUGCUGAUACCAGAAAAUUCUGCUUUUGAUUAUACAUAAUUCAUUGAGAAAUAACACUCUGGAUCACUGUUAACAUACCCAGGAGCAUUAGAGGGGAAGGUUCAUGAACUUAAAUACAGUGCAUUGUCAAAGAACAAUUCUUCACAUCUUGUACACUGAGUAUUUUAUGUCUGUUGAUUUUUAUUGUGCUUUUUAAAGCUGCUCUCAUUAUAGAUACCUGCCAUCCUUUUUCUUAAAUUUUUACAGGACUUUUUUCUUCUGAUGACUUUUGUACAGGUAGUCCUUGCUUACCGGUUGCCUUGUUCAGGGACUGUUCGAAGUUACCAUAGUGUUGUCCCUCAGUCACGUGAUUGCCAUUACAGCCAGUCACGUCCUAUGCCUGACCUGUUGUUUUUCUUUUUUCUUUUCCCUUGCAGAAUGAAGAGAUUGGAGAAGAAAGGAUUACAAGAGAAUAAGCAGGCACACUAUGGGGAUUACACAUCAAAAACAAUGUGCUGGCAGUCGUGAGUGUGCUACUCAAACAGCCUGCUGUGUUCCUCAUUGUAUGCCUACUUACUCUCUUAUGGUUCCUUCCUCUCCAGGCUCUCCGCUCUGUGGUGGGGGGAAAAAAACCCAAGCAUUUUCAGUAGGCAGUCUCUCGUGUGCCUGAUCCAUUUCCCCCCUUACUCUCUUGUAAUCCCUUCCUCUCCAAUAAAUGUAAAUACAAACAUUAA